AUGCCACUCGGAGCAACAACUGUUACCCUGGAAGAUGUUUCACUGCAACUGGGGAUGCCAAUUGAUGGUGAACCCGUCGCCGGUGGAAGUUCUGGAAACCUGCUACAAUUGUGUCAAGAUUUAUUAGGGGAUAUUCCUCCCGAAAAUAUGUUUAUAGGGAACCGAAUAAAGCUAUCAUGGCUAAAUAGCAGAUUCCGAGAAUUACCGGAUGACGCAACACUGGCUACCGUUGGACAGGAUGCACGAGCACACAUCCUCAUUUUAAUUGGCAGCAUGUUGAUGCCAGAUACAUCAACCAGUCUCGUGCAUUUUAUGUUCUUGCCAUUGUUAACAGAUUUGGAUCAUAUUUCAAAUUUUAGUUGGGGUUCCGCAGUAUUGGCAUGCCUCUAUCGUGCACUGGAUCACAACACAAAAUUCCAUCAAGACAACAUUGGUGGAUGCAUGUUAUUGCUCCAGUGUUGGGCGUGGGAGAGAUUCACAUGCAUCUCUCCAGAAAUACAACCAGUCACGGAGGACGAGAUUGUGGCUGGGCUUGCGUUCCCCUUAAGUGUGAGGUGGUGUCGACAAACACGUUCUGUGUUCCAUGACCAAACAACUAUGGUGGGCUUCCGGAAAAAAUUUGAUCAAAUUCAACCAAGGCAGGGCGAACCUUUCACCAAAAGUGGCCAUCUGCGUGAUAACUCGCCCUACAUGCAAUGGUACAUAAAUCAUACCAUCCGAAUGCAUCCUCCAUCGUCAUCUCAACAGGUUCCCACUUCAUAUGGUUUUUUUCCAGCACCUUCAAACUUUGGAUCAGGUCCAGCGCAAUAUUAUGGUUGUUCAUUUGGCCCACAUAUUUCCAGCUAUGGGGGUGUUCCAUCACAAAUGUUUGGGACAUCAGCACUAACUCCACCAUCUGCAUACCGAGGCGCCUCAUCUUCACAACCAUACUACACACCUGAAAUUCCAUUUAAUGUUUCAGAAGGAGGUUCUGAAUCUGUGGAAGUGGAAGAUACUGAUGACGAAAGUGAGUCACCCCCUCCUCCCCCACAACUUGAGAGACGACCUCGACGACCGACACGAAGGCCACCAUGCGGCAUAGGCAGCCACCGUUGA